CGACGGCGACGACGACGAUAACGACAAUAACGACGACGUCGAUUACGACAACGACGACGACGACGUUGUUGGUUAGGAAACGACUACGACCAGAGCGACAGAAAAAGGCGCGUACUUAUAAAAGGCGCUCCGAAUUAUCACGCAUUCACGUAACCGUGACGCAUCACCUGACGCGUGCAGGUUCCUAGCUUGGUCGACUCCUUCGACCUCCUCCUCUUCCUCGUCGUCACUAUGGCGGACGACGAGGUUCUCUUCGAUGAUGUUUAUGAGCUCUGCGAGAUUAUCGGCAAAGGACCAUUCAGCGUCGUUCGGAAAUGCAUUCACCGUCACACCGGGCAAAUUUUUGCCGUAAAAAUCGUCGAUGUGGCGAAAUUCACCUCUAGUCCUGGGCUCAGUACUGCGGAUUUGAAACGAGAAGCUACAAUAUGCCAUAUGUUGAAACAUCCACAUAUUGUGGAACUGCUCGAAACGUACAGCUCCGAGGGCAUGCUAUACAUGGUAUUUGAAUAUAUGGACGGCUCUGAUUUAUGCUUCGAGGUCGUAAGACGAGCAACUGCUGGAUUCGUAUACAGUGAAGCAGUUGCAAGUCACUACAUGCGACAGAUCCUCGAAGCAUUGCGUUACUGCCAUGAGAAUGACAUUAUUCAUCGUGACCUGAAGCCGCAGUGCGCCCUCCUGGCUGGCAAGGAAAAUUCCGCCCCAGUGAAGCUGCGCGGUUUCGGCGUUGCCGUGCAACUCCCAACCUCGCAAUCUAAUGGCGUUGCAUGUUACACGACCGAGUAUCGGCAGUGUCUGAGCCCAAAGGGGCAGCUCUACUUGAAGGCCGACAGCGAGGGUCGUGUCGGAUGUCCGCACUUCAUGGCGCCGGAAGUGAUCCAACGGCGACAGUAUGGGAAACCUGGUGACGUCUGGUCAGCCGGAGUACUGCUACAUGUCUUGCUAACUGGCACACUUCCAUUUGUCGGAUCUCGAGACAGGCUGCGGGAAGCGAUCUGUCGAGGGCGGGUGCAGAUGGAGACACCACUCUGGGAUCCCAUUAGCGAGCCGGCGAAAGAUCUCAUACAGAGAAUGCUUACAACCGACGUGAAUCAUAGGAUCACCAUCCAGGAGGUUCUCAACCACAAGUGGCUCAGAGAUCGUGAUAAGGGUGCAGCCCGUAUACAUUUAGGUGACACUAUAGAAGAGCUUAAGAAAUUCAAUGCGAGGCGAAAACUGAAAGACGCCGUAAAAGCAGCCAUCUCCUCGUCGAAGUGGCAUGCUCCGUAUUCAGAAGCUAAUGGCGACAAUUUCUCUGAUGUCGGCGAUGACGAGAUAACUACAGGCGCUGUAGCUGAAAUUGCGGAUUGCUUGGAUGACAUUGAAAUUCUUGAGGAAAGUGACAGAUUGUUGCGGUCGGAAGUUCUCAAUGCCGUUGAUGAUCAUCGAAUUCGAGUCAUCUUAGAGCUUUAUGACAGAAUCUCAGGUCGUGUACCAGCACCGUAUCGAGCACCACAAACGGAUGCGGUUCAACGUGCUCGUGAUGUUGAAGAGAUCCUUCGGGAAGCAGAGCAUUCGGCGGUGCGAAAUAUCGAUAGAGCCGAUCUUCGAGAACUUCAUGAAUUAUUGAUCCAGCCACAUAUGAGGGCACUUCUACAAGCUCACGACGUUGCCGGUCACGAGGUCUACGGCGAGGAAGCCACCAGGGUAACGCCACCGCCACUUCUCACGUAUCUGAAUGGCGGCGACGAUCUCGAAGGACAAAACGGCGAUUUAGAUGAAAAAAUUACUCGCGUCAGACUGGUGCAGUUCCAGAAGAACACGGAUGAGCCGAUGGGAAUCACAUUGAAAAUGAAUGAGGAUGGGCAAUGCUUCGUAGCGCGGAUUAUGCACGGUGGGAUGAUCCAUAGACAAGCCACUCUUCACGUUGGUGAUGAGAUUAGAGAGAUCAACGGUAUACCAGUUCAGAAUCAAUCCGUUAAUGCCUUGCAAAAGAUUCUGCGGGAGGCACGUGGAUCGGUGACUUUCAAGAUCGUGCCAUCGUACAGGAGCGCGCCGCCCCCCUGCGAGUUGUUCAGGAUUAAGCCUCUGCCAGUGUUAAUUUUCGUUCGAGCGCAAUUCGACUACGAUCCACUAGAGGAUGAAUUGAUACCUUGCGCACAGGCUGGAAUCGCUUUUAGAACCGGUGACAUUCUGCAGAUCAUCAGCAAGGAUGAUCAUCAUUGGUGGCAAGCGAGGAAGGAUAACGCGGCUGGUUCCGCGGGUCUUAUCCCAUCGCCCGAACUUCAGGAAUGGCGCAUUGCUUGCAUGUCUAUGGAGAAGAACAAGCAAGAACAAGUAAAUUGCUCAAUAUUCGGCCGGAAAAAGAAGCAAUACAAGGAUAAAUAUCUUGCAAAGCACAACGCUGUUUUCGACCAGCUGGACCUGGUGACCUACGAAGAGGUCGUGAAGCUUCCUUAUCCUGCCUUCCAACGGAAAACUUUAGUAUUAUUGGGAGCACAUGGUGUCGGUCGACGACACAUAAAAAAUACGAUUAUUUCCAAGCAUCCUGAUAAAUACGCCUAUCCUAUUCCGCAUACAACGAGGCCUCCACGAAGUGACGAAGAAAAUGGUCGUAAUUACUAUUUCGUAUCGCAUGAUGAAAUGAUGGCAGAUAUAGCUGCUAAUGAAUACCUCGAAUACGGUACACAUGAAGAUGCUAUGUACGGAACUAAGCUCGAAACUAUCCGCAAAAUUCAUGAAGAAGGCAGAAUGGCCAUAUUGGAUGUUGAACCACAGGCACUGAAAGUUUUACGGACUAAAAUUACAUCACAAAAUUAUAUUCUGAACAUUUUCGAACUGAAUCGAUUUUCUAUUAAGCAAAUACGAUUUUUAUAUAAAUGUCUCUUGUGCUUUCAGUUCGACGGUAGUUUAGAACGUUUGGCGAAAGAGUCGGACAUGCUGAAGCAAGCAUAUGGGCAUUUCUUCGAUUUGACCAUCGUGAACAACGAUCUCGACGAGACGAUCGCCCAAUUGGAGGCUGCAAUUGAACGCGUUCACACGACACCACAAUGGGUGCCCGUUUCUUGGGUCUACUGACAGCGGUCUUCGCCGAUUCGUCACAUCGUCACCACGGAUUGCAAUGGCUCAUCGAGGAUGAAACAGUGAUCGCUGGUGCCGUGACGAUCAUCGUAUCACGGUCGAUCCUCUCGACGCGAAGAUUUGACGUCAACAGUCACCGGCGUCCAACAGGAAUACGCCGCAGACAAUUAUGUCGUGUACGUAGGACGUACUCAACGUACUAGCAAACAUAAUCGCCGUCGAUCGGCUCGACGGUGAAAACGAUCAAAGUGCGUGACUAUACGAUGGCCGUGUGUUCAUGAAAUUCUUUCCAUCGCUGCGUAAUUGUUAUUAUCAGUCGCGAGACACGAGAGGAGACCAGCGACGUAUCGUAGUCAUCCUGAUUCAUCGAUGAGUAUUGCCGUUGUGUCCGCUACCGAGGCGUCGGAUCAUCCGGAAAUGGAACGCGUCAUCAUCAAAGCACGACGAAGAUCAGUGACGGCAAUAAUGUCGUCAUGUGCGUCUAGAAACGGACGCUUUUUCGCGGACCACCAACUCUUUCCUGAUUUCAUCUCCUUCUCCCUCUGUUCCGUCUUCCUCCUUUGAAGAUUAAAAGAUAAGACAAAGAGCAACACUGACCAGCUGGGACUUCUUUUGAAACGAGACUGCUGAACGAAUGCGUGUCUUUCUCUUUUAUUCCGCGCAGUUUGUCGCUUCUUUCGACACAUUCCUGGCACGGUUUCGACGAAUUCACAUACGAAUUUCUCGUGAUUCCACGCUCAAGGCAAUCACGUUUACGAACGCGAACUAUGUGCAGUGAUACGGCAACGCGAUAACAAGGAUCAAAGAACGUCGCGCAGAAUGUGGAAAACCAAAAACGAGAAACAAUAGUCGUUAUAUUUUCGCGCGGACAUCAACCGAGCGGCUGCAUCUUCGUACCCUUUAUCUGCGGAAUCUAUCGAUUUCCGUAAACUGUAAUUGCCUCCAAUCAUAUUUUAUCGUAAUUACUUAACGAAAAGAAACUAGAGAUCUCUCUCGUGCGGCACGGCAGUGCUCAUGAAUAUAAUGUAUGUGUGUGUGUGUGUGUAUAUAUAUAUAUACGUAUGUAUGUAUAUGUAUGUAUGUAUGCGUGUUUGUGUGUGAAUAAUGUAUGUGUAUAUAUAGCGAAAGAUGGUCCUGUCGCAAUAAUCGAAACUCGCGUUUCUCUGAUCGUUUAGUCAAAAGAGAAAAAGAAGAACAAUAGAAGAAUAAUAGGAACUGGUGUGCUGCCGGCCGUCCGUCAUUUAACAGUAACUUUAAGCAGUAGAGAACUUCGCCGGUUUCAUCUAGUACUUCUGCUAAUAUCUAACGAGUGUUCAUCUCUCGUCGCGGCUACCUCUACUACCGCGACGAAUCUACGCAUAUACGCAAGCGCUUCUUUCGCAAUUGAUUGUCGUUUGUUUUUUUCCUUUGUCUCUCUUUCUCUCUCUAUCGCCCGCCGAACUUCUCUCACCUUUCUACUUUUGACAAUCGAGAUCGCCGUCGGGGCGAAACGAUUCGUCCGCUCGCUCGCUCGUGCACUCGCCCAUCCUAUUGCCAUUCGUCGUUGCUCACGAGACUCCUCGGUCGCAAAAUCAAAUAUGCACCUGACGAUCUUAUAUUUCCUAUAUAUAUAAACACACGAAGCCGUACUGCAAAUCCCGGACGAAUGCAUAGACGGCGGAUACCGAUCCGACAGUGAGAAUUAUACAAGUGCUUAUUCGGAAGCGCUUGUAUAAGAUUAUUUAAGUUUGUACAAGACAUACAUUCAUUUACAUACACACAUACUCACGCAGGUACGCAACACACGCACGCACGCAAAUACAUAACAUACAUACACAUAUGGGCACACGUCAAAACUAUAAUGUCACUCGGUUCGUAUUACUUACACCUUCGUACAAAAGCGUAUAAUCGAAUGACGAAAUGACAAAAACGCGAAUCUACUUAUAGGAUAUUUAUAAAACGUAAAUUUCAGAUAAAUAGAUAGUUUACCAGCUAUAUGAAAUAAUGACACACAUCUCUUCUCAGUAGAGAAGUACACACGUGCAUCCACGCGUCCCCAUACACCAACUCACAUCGCCCACUUGUCUACACACGCACACAAUAUACAUACAUACGCACAUUACGUACGCACGCAGUCGCAUGCGCGCGAGUGCAGGUUUACAAUAUACAGAUUUAAAAAUUAGGUAAUUAAUUUACAAAGGAUUAAAAAAAAAUUAAAUGUACGACUAAUUAAUAUUAAAAAAAUUACUAGGAGACUAAUAGGUGAUUUGCAUAUGUAUAUGCUCGUAGAACGAAGGAAUGAAUGCGUGUAUACAUGCGGGCGUGGUAUGAUAGUUUAAAGUUGACAACGUUGCGUUUAUCACGGAUCUGUUGGAGUUUCGACUUCACAGUCUGCUUUUCUCUUUCUCAUUCUCUCUCUCUCUCUCUCUCUUUCUCUCUCUCUCUCUCUUUCUCGGUCGUCGCAACGAUCUCGAAACAUAUAGGCGAAUUUAUAUAGGCUUGCGUCUCGCUCCCCUGAUGCGUUCUUCCUAUUCCGCGCGACCAUAGCAGGAUAACACGAACCGAUCGUGGCAGAAGCGCACGAUUAUUAUAUAUUUUAGAAACGCAUAUAAACGAAGGGGAGGGUCACGAUAUCGUCACGCAAUGUCACGUUUGCGAGGACCGGUAACUAUAACAUCGGACAGAAAGAGAUUUUUACAAAGCCAGAUAUGAAUUUGCCGAGUAACGAAAAUGCUCGCACAAGAAAAAAAGGUUGCCCGUCGGUGUGAUAGCGUUCGUAUGCGUAAAACAUUGCGAAAACGCGAGAAGCAUGAAUCACAAGUGAUUUUGUAAUAUUUCUUAUAAGUUGUAGCUGCCAUAUCUAGUAAUUAAGUACUAGGUGCGUUGAGUGAUAAUCUGACGACUGUUACGCUAAUGAUAACGAUGAUGAUGAUUAAUGAUGACAGUGAUCAUGAUGACCGUACGUGCUGCGGCAUGUGUCUCAAUUAAUUUGGAUGAAUUGUGCUAAGAUAUUGAGAGAGACGACGGGUCUAAAGAAAAACAAUAACAUGUUCAUUAUAAUUAUGUAAUUAUAAAUAAGAGGAAGAGACGAAGAAUAUUAUAACACGUUGUUAAUUGAAUUAAUAAAAUUAGCCCAAAGUAA